CGCGGCAACAUGCAUAGAACAGGGGAGACGGGGCGGCGUCGGACUCGGAGCGUGGAGGUCGCCCGGGGGCGCGCGGGAUACGGCUUCACCCUCUCUGGCCAGGCGCCCUGCGUGCUCAGCUGUGUCAUGAGGGGCAGUCCAGCCGACUUUGUUGGCCUGCGUGCCGGAGACCAGAUACUCGCCGUCAACGAGAUCAACGUGAAGAAGGCUUCUCAUGAAGAUGUGGUGAAGCUAAUAGGGAAAUGUUCCGGUGUCCUGCACAUGGUGAUUGGUGAGGGCGUCGGCCACCUGGAGUCCUGCUCCAGUGACGAAGAGGUCGGGUUUUAUGAAGGAAAGGGCUGGUUGAAGCCCAAGCUUGAUUCUAAAGCGUUAGGUAUAAACAGGGCAGAGAGAGUUGUUGAAGAAGUGCAGUCUGGGGGGAUUUUCAGCAUGAUUUUUGAGAAUCCUGGUCUUUGUGCAAGCCCCUCAGAGCCCUUGAAGUCCAAACAAAGGUCCCUUUCAGAGUCGGCUGCUGUGCGAUUGGGCGCCGGGCAUGAAGCUAUCAAUAAUCCCAACCCCAACAUGCUUUCCAAGGAGGAAAUAGCGAAGGUGAUGAAUGAUGAUUCGGUUUUCAGCAUUGGACUAGAAAAUCAUGACGAUUUUGGAUUAGAUGCAAGUAUUUUGAACGUUGCCAUGGUCGUGGGCUACUUAGGUUCCAUCGAGCUGCCCUCCACCAGCUCCAACCUGGAGUACGACAGCUUGCAGGCCAUCCGAGGCUGCAUGCGGCGCUUGCGGGCGGAGCAGAAGAUCCACUCGCUGGUGACCAUGAAGAUCAUGCACGACUGUGUGCAGCUGUGCACCGACAAGGCUGGCGUGGUAGCGGAGUACCCUGCCGAGAAGCUGGCCUUCAGCGCCCUGUGCCCUGACGACAGGCGGUUCUUUGGACUCGUGACCAUGCAGACCAAUGACGACGGAAGCCUGGCGCAGGACGAGGAAGGGGUCUUGCGGACUUCCUGCCAUGUGUUUAUGGUGGACCCCGACCUGUUCAACCACAAGAUCCACCAGGGCAUCGCACGGCGGUUUGGGUUUGAGUGCACUGCAGACCCUGACACCAAUGGCUGCUUAGAGUUCCCAGCCUCCUCUCUCCCUGUCCUUCAGUUCAUCUCCGUCCUGUACAGAGACAUGGGUGAGCUGAUCGAAGGCAUGCGGGCCCGGGCCUUCCUGGAUGGCGAUGCGGACGCCCACCAGAACAACAGCACCAGCAGCAACAGCGACAGUGGCAUCGGGAACUUCAACCAGGAAGAGAAGAGUGCCCGUGUCCUGGUGGUCGACCUGGGUGGGAGCUCCAGCAAGCACGCCCCCAGCAACGGCGCAGGCUGGGAAGGUGCGGGGGGGAGGGGCCCCCACCUCUGGACCCCCCCCUGGAACGGCGCCUUCUGCCACGAUCAGGAGGGGAGUGCCCCCUUCGAGGGCCCUCCGCAGACCGACAGGUUCAGAGACUUACAUAAGCAUCUGGGACCAGGGCCCCACGUGGAGCUGCCGCCCGCUGCUCUGCGGAGCUCCAUCCCCCCUUCCAAGCGGAGCACCGUGGGGGCUGGCUGCGGCCUCCACCAGCGGUGGCUCCCGGUCCACGUCCUCCAGGAGUGGCAGUGUGGCCAUGCCAGUGAUCAGGACUCCUACACCGACUCCACCGACGGGUGGUCCAGCAUCAACUGCAGCACGCUGCCCCCGCCCAUGAGUAAGAUCCCAGCCGACCGCUACAGGGUGGAGGGCAGCUUCGUGCAGCCCUCGCUGAGUGCCCAGAAGAGUGAGUGGUCCAGGAAGGCGUUUGGGGUGCCAAACAUUUUUGGUCCUCAUCGAAAUGUCAGAAAGACUAAAGAAGACAAAAAGGGUUCAAAAUUUGGGCGUGGAAUUGGGCUCGUUCAGACUUCUCAGCGGACGACUCGGAGAUCGUUUGGAAGAUCCAAGAGAUUUAGUAUCACUCGUUCACUGGAUGAUCUUGAGUCUGCAACUGUGUCUGAUGGUGAGCUGGACGGCGGCAACCUCAAGGACUGCGUGAGCAACCACAGCCUGAGCAGCAAUGCCAGCCUCCCCAGCGUGCAGAGCUGCAGGCACCUGCGUGCCAGGCGGGUCGCCAGCUGGGCCGUGUCCUUUGAGCGCCUCCUCCAGGACCCCGUGGGCGUUAAGUACUUCUCUGAUUUCCUAAGGAAGGAGUUCAGUGAGGAGAACAUUUUAUUCUGGCAGGCCUGUGAAUAUUUUAAUCAUGUCCCUGCGCACGACAAAAAAGAGCUCUCCUACAGGGCCCGGGAGAUUUUCACUAAGUUCCUGUGCAGCAAAGCCACCACCCCCGUCAACAUUGACAGCCAGGCACAGCUGGCGGAUGACAUCCUCAAUGCCCCGCACCCUGACAUGUUCAAGGAGCAGCAGCUCCAGAUUUUCAACCUGAUGAAGUUCGACAGUUACACGCGUUUCCUCAAGUCGCAGCUGUACCAGGAGUGCAUCCUGGCCGAGGUGGAGGGCCGCUCGCUGCCCGAUGCCCAGCAGGUGCCCAGCAGCCCGGCCUCCAAACACAGUGUCGGCUCGGACCUCUCCAACGUCUCCACACCCAAGAAGUUAAGUGGAAAAUCCAAAUCCGGAAGAUCCCUGAAUGAAGACCUGGGGGAGGAGGACGCUGAGAAGAAGCGGAAGGGAGCGUUUUUCUCCUGGUCAAGAAACAGGAGCACGGGGCGGUCCCAGAAGAAGAGGGAGCACGGCGACCAUUCCCAUGACCCUCUUCAUGCCAACGGAGGCCUGUACCGCAGGGAGUCCCAGGGCUCCGCGUCCUCUGCAGGGAGCCUGGACCUGGCGGAGGCCUGCAGGUCCCCAGCACCUGAGCAGGAGAAGGCCAAGCACUGCCGCGUCCACCUCCCCGAUGGCACAGCCUGCACAGUGCCCGUCAGGGUGGGCACCUCCAUCAAAGAGGCCCUGGCUGGGCUCUGUGAGCGGCACGGCAUCAAUGGCGCAGCCGUGGACCUCUUCCUGGUCGGUGGAGAUAAGCCUCUAGUGCUGCAGCAAGACAGCAGCAUCCUGGAGUCCAGGGACCUGCGCCUGGAGAAGCGCACGCUGUUCCGGCUGGAUCUUGUCCCCAUUAACCGGUCAGUGGGACUAAAGGCCAAGCCCACCAAGCCCGUCACGGAGGUGCUGCGGCCCGUGGUGGCCAAGUACGGCCUGGACCUGCGCAACCUUGCCGUGCGGCUGAGUGGCGAGAAGGAGCUCCUGGACCUCGGCGCCCCCAUCUCCAGUCUGGACGGGCAGCGGGUCGUCUUGGAGGAGAAGGACCCCUCCAGGAGCAAAGUGUCCACAGAUAAACAGAAAGGGGCAUCAGGCAAACACAGCAUAGCUGUAAAUUCCAGUUCCAGAAACCACACGGCUACGAGUUUUUUGAGCUCAUUUCCAAAGCUCAGAGCAGCCGAGCAGAUGACCAGCGCGGGCUGCUGAGAAAGGAGGACCUGGUACUGCCAGAGUUUCUCCGCUUGCCGCCCGGCCCGACAGGACUCACGCUGUCUGCC